UGUGUUGUUUCCUCUCUCGCCAUCAUUCAUAAUACAGGUCAGUCACUCUCUGUCGUGUCUUGCCCUGACCCGCCUUCUCUCUUUUUCUCCCCUUCCCUCCUCCUACCCAUAGACAUGGACCCUUCUCGGGUCGUCAAGUGAACAGCCGUUGUUGUACAAUAGUUGAUCUAUACUCUUACACUACUUCUCCGUAUCUCUCCGCUCAUGUUCACCACUUCUUCCAUCAUCCCGGCUCUCCUGCCCGCCUUCGGCUUCACGCCGCUAAGAUGUAUACCAGGGAACAUAAACCCCGCAAGUCCAUCAUCAGAAUGGACCCGGACUGUGCCAUCUGUCAUGCUCCUGCCAGCCUCGCCUGCGAUUGCGAGGCUAAAGGUCUCGAGAUCGCCAUCGAGCAGGCAGAGAACCGUAUGAUGCAAUCUGUGUAUAAUGAUAUACGUACGUGGGUUCGAGCACACGCUCAAGACUAUAUACUUGAGUAUUUCCGCCUACUCACCGAACGACGCAAGGCUGCACAUUCGUCCCAUCUUGAACGAUUAACAGCCCACGCCUACCAUUACUACCACGCCCCCCCGCAUCCAAACGAGAUUGCCGCCGCCCAAGCGACUCUGAAACGAGGAAUCGACGAGGAUUGGCAAUCCAGCGUUCAGCGAUAUCCAGAGGUAUUGGAAUACUUCUACAGCUUGGUUGAGUUAACACUCCCAACCGACGACGAACCUGCCGUCAAAGACCCUCCGCUAAGUGCGUUGAGCGGAUCACGGAAGGCUAGCAGGCGGGCCCAAUCUACGGCCACGAUAGCCGGGGAACCGUUUCAAGAGAGGGAGCGGAGUGUGAAUCCUCUCGCAAGAAGAACGCCCCCUCCCCCGCAAAUUGAGCGGCGGACGCCGGGACCACCUCAUAAUCCACUCGCACCAUCACAAAGAAGACAUAGCACCUUCCGACCUCCUACCGCGCCGCCAACGGCCUAUUUCCAGUACAACUAACUACCUACUCGCCGUUGGAGAGGUGUGAUCCAUCCCGGCGACGACGGCUAUAUGCCCGGGUUCAUAUAGCCCACCAUUCACACCGUGUAAAAUUGUACCACAGCACAACUUGCAUCUACACAUACGACCAUUUAUUUUCCUUGACUUAAUACGAAAGAAAGAACGAACACAUUUACGAGACUACGAAAGAGCACUACGAUCACCGUAUCUGUUGCAUGGGUGGAGGGAAAAUGUCCCAGAUACCAUUUCUUUUCUGCAUAGCGGCGAGACCUUGCACUUUUUUGACCAACCAAUGCGAUUAUUUUUUUUAAAAAAAAAGAACUCAAAACUUAUUUAACAUAACCAACCAAUUGUUAUUUGGUAUCAUUUUUUUCUUCUUAAGGAACUGAUCCUACUUCGAGCUUGGAGUCAUCUAAGACGGGUGGCAAAUUUCCCGGGGACUUUUACUGGGCGUACGGAGUGUUAUAGGAUUACGGAUGGACGAGUAGGAAAGGGGCUGGCAUUAUUUUUGCGUCUGGUCCCAACAGUUGUUUAUUUUAUUUUUCUCUUCUCUAUGUGUGUUGUCCAACGCCUACCUUGAGGUUACAUAGGGACGGAAUUUUUUGGCCAGAUCGGAGUUACAAUAUACCUGUCAACUUAUCAUCAUCUCUAUCUGAACAGAGCGGAAGCAGAAGCAGAACGAGCUAGUCA